AUGGCGACGCUGCUUGACACGACGAUGGAGGCGCUGGAGCCCGAGGAGCACGCGGACAACAACGUGCGCGUACCGCAGAGCGUGGAGCCCGAGACUGACGCCCCUGAAGACGAGGACGACGACGAGGACUUCCACUUUAACGCCCCAUCCUAUUACGACUUGAAGAAUCCGUCACUGGAGCGACGCUACGUCAACAAUGCGGACGGGUAUUUCUCGUCGCCCGCGCCAUCUGCCACCACGCUCAAGAGCUCGCCCUUCACGUCCGAGAAGAACAGCGCGUCGACAGAGCCUCCAGCUCCUGUUACGAGAACUCUAAGUAAAAGCUACGAAGAUGCAGAUAAUAAUAAUCACAAAUUAGAGGAGGAUAAUGACGAGGAGAUGGAGGAGAAGGCAAUGCUGGACACGACCAUGGCAGGACCGGAAGAGGAAGAUGUCGAGACAGUACUGAACAAGAGCAACUUACUGGACGACAGAGAGGAGAGCUUCGAGGAGGUUUUCCGACACUACGCGUCGUCCUCUCAGUCUUCAGCCACGUCCUCGUACCUGCUCCAUGAGCUGGACACUUCUACACACAGCUCCACGCACGGAGGACACUUUUCUCCUCACAGUUCGCAGACAUCUUCGUCAUCUGCGGCUUUACGAGCAGGUCGAGAGGAUAAUUCCACAUGCAGCUCGAAGACCAGGGCCAGAGACGCGGGCGUCUCGUCCAAGCUGUUGCAGCCAACACAGUCGUAUCUAAGACGACUGCAGGCGGAGCAGAGGAUGAGGGAGCAGAGCUACAUGGAGGACAUCCCAGUAGAGGAGAAGCCUCACCGCGUGACUCGACCCAGAAGUCCGAAGCUGCACACCAAGCCGCGACCUUCGAACCCGAACGACGUGUCUCGGAUGAGCAGCACGAGUCGAGAGCUGCUGAAGAUUCAGGAAGAGAGACUGUACUUGCAGCUGGAGAAACUCAAGAUUCGAGAGUUCCACGAGAAGACAAAAGUGCAGCGACCUCCGACCAACGUGCAUCAGCGAUCGACGAAGCAGCUGACGGUCCCGCAGACUCCGCAUUUCGCGGUGGAGAAUCGUAUUCGACGCGCCCACAGCGGGGGCGAGGGGAGCGAGUCCGGACAAGACAAGCCCAGUCCGCCAAUUGCUGCCGAGAAGCUGCUUACUCGUGAUUUUUCGCUGCCAUUGCCACCACAUCGAGAGACUCGACAUGCUGUAACGACACCGCAUUCCCCGCAGCUCCUUACAGCAACUCGAGCGGCACAGCGUCCACCACCAGCGCCAGUGUCACGUGAACACGAGAAACACGCCGUUCCGAUCUAUACUCGCUCCAAAUCUGGUGGUCUCACGCAGCCCAUGACUCCACAACUCCAGACAAGCCGACGAGCUGCAACGCAUCGCCGACCGGUGGAGGUUGUCGACCAUGAUGCGGAGGAGCUGGCGAAAAAGUUUCACGCGAGACCGUUGAACAGAAAUAUUCUCGCACCGAAAUCGCGUCCUCAGAACUCGCCAGCCAAAUCGGACACUAAAGCUCGGUUGACUCAGCCAAAAGCGUCGACAAGUGCUCGGUCAGUAACCCGUCCAAGUGCCUCGGAGCGUGCUGCAUCUGUGUCUGCUAAUCUGGAACGGCACCGUAAGGAGCGUGAACAGCGACUGAAGGCUCGUCAAGCAGGCCAAACCAGCGGUACCCAAAGAGCUAUACCGCCACCCAUCCGACGUCCUGUGGUCCCUGAAACCCCACCUCUUAAAAGCAUCCAGCGCCAUCGAGAGUUCCAGGAGAACUUCCGUCGCAAGAUCGAAGCUGAGGAAAAAGAAAAGGACAAGCAGCACCAGUUCAGAGCGAAUCCCAUGCGCGUAGCCUCCACACCUGCCAAGUUUGAGGGCUCCACCAAGCCUCUCACCAAGGUGAAGCCAUUCGAGUUGUCUGGCGAGCGAUACCUCGAGCACGCCCGUGAGCGUUUGGAACAGAAACGUCGAGAGGAAGAAGAGCGACUGAAAUCGUCAGUAACGUUUCGAGCGCAGCCCAUGCCACUGUUCGAGUCCGACAGUGUCCAACCUGUAUCCAGCACGAGGCCUCUUACUCAGACCGAGUCCCCCAUGCUGGCAACGAAAAGUCGAGCGGCAGAACGUGCUGCUUUCGAAGAGGCAGAGAAAGAACGUCGUGAACGAGAGGAAGCGUUUCGCCAGCAACGAGAGCAGCAAGAGCAGCAGCUGAAAGAAGAAGAAAUCAAGCGCAUGCGUCGGAAAGAAAUGAUUUUCCACGCGCGUCCCGUUCCCGAGGACAAACCUUUCCAGCUAAAACGUGACACCAGACCACUGACAGAACCAAUUAGCCCGAUGCAACACUCCUAGGCAUUGAAGGUGCCGCCCACUUUGCAAGGAAGCUCCUCCCCAGGAGAACAGAAGAACUGCAAGCAGCUAUAGAGCAACUUGUCAUCUUGUCUGCUACAAUGUUACGGAGACACCCUCAUGUACCUUUACCACCCCAACCUGUCUGCGAGACGACCAACACAAAAGUCACAGCAGAAACGCAAGGUAAUGCAACAAACGUGCGUUUACAACUUA